AUGCGUGUCGCUGGCGGCAUUGCUGUCGCCCUCAGCCUAGUAGGCGCAGCCUCCGCAUCCCUCCAUCCUCGAUCCCAAGAAUCCCGCGACUACUUCGCCCUUCAUCUCGACGAUGCCACCCCUCCGGCCGACGUUGCACGAAUGCUAGGUGCUCGACACGAGGGACAGAUCGGAGAGCUCGGGGGCCAUCAUACCUUCUCGCUACCGCGGGAGCAGAGCUCAGAUUUCAAUGCUGUAUUGGAUACCUUGAAAACUAAGCGAAAGCUCCGUCGCCGGUCGGGUGAUGGCGUCGCAUCUCGGAGUGGAGAUCCGUUGGAGGGAAUCCUAUGGUCACAAAAGCUCGAGCCGCCUAGACAAAGGCUACAGAAGCGGGCGCCGCCCGUUUCUUCCAAAAACUUGGGCGAGACGGUUCGCCCAAGGGCGGACGUAAAGGCACAGGAGGAACAGAACAAGCUGAUGUCAACUCUGGGAAUCACCGAUCCGAUCUUCAAAGACCAAUGGCAUCUAUAUAACGUCUUGCAACCGGGCCACGAUCUCAAUGUCACGGGUGUCUGGCUGGAGGGUAUAACUGGCCAUGGAGUGGCGACGGCUGUCGUUGACGAUGGAUUGGAUAUGUACAGCAACGACUUGAAACCAAAUUACUUCGCCGAGGGCUCUUGGGAUUUCAACGAACAUGGACCCGAGCCGCGGCCUCUGUUGUACGACGACAAGCAUGGUACGCGAUGCUCGGGCGAAAUCGCAGCGGCCAAAAAUGACGUGUGCGGUGUGGGUGUUGCUUAUGACAGCAAAGUGUCGGGUAUUCGGAUUCUGUCCAAGGCGAUUGACGACGUCGAUGAAGCAGCUGCCAUCAACUUUGCGUUCCAAGAUAACGAUAUUUAUUCUUGCUCAUGGGGUCCUCCCGAUGAUGGUGCGACCAUGGAUGCGCCGGGUCUGUUGAUCAAGCGGGCGAUGGUCAACGGUGUUCAGCAGGGACGAGGUGGAAAGGGCUCCAUCUUCGUGUUUGCCGCCGGUAACGGUGCCCUCUUUGGUGAUAACUGCAACUUUGACGGAUACACCAACAGUAUCUACAGUGUUACUGUCGGUGCUAUUGACCGCCAGGGAAACCACCCGACCUACUCCGAGUCCUGCUCUGCACAGUUGGUUGUCGCAUACAGCAGUGGAUCCGGGGAUGCCAUUCACACGACUGAUGUGGGCACGGACAAAUGCUAUUCACAGCACGGUGGCACUUCAGCGGCCGGCCCGCUCGCCGCUGGUUCGAUCGCCCUUGCGCUCAGCACCCGGCCGGAACUCACCUGGCGUGAUAUUCAAUAUUUGAUGAUUGAAACGGCAGUGCCGGUCAAUGAGGACGAUGGAAGCUGGGUGGAUCUGCCUUCUGGCAAGAAAUUCAGUCACGACUGGGGUUUCGGCAAGGUUGAUACUUAUGCUUUAGUUCACAAGGCCCAGUCUUGGGAUUUGGUGAAGCCCCAGGCGUGGUUCCAUUCUCCCUGGUUGCGAGUGCACAACAAUAUUCCUCAGGGCGCCCAAGGUCUUUUGAGCCGGUAUGUGGUGAAGGAUGAGCAUAUGAAGGGUGCCAACUUCGCCAAGCUCGAGCAUGUUACGGUCACGAUGAAUAUCAACCACACUCGCCGUGGUGAUCUCAGUGUGGAGUUGCGCAGUCCGAAGGGUAUCGUCAGCCAUCUGAGUGUGGCCCGCGAUAGCGAUGACGAAAAGUCUGGCUAUGUUGAUUGGACUUUUAUGUCUGUUGCUCACUGGGGUGAAUCGCCCGUGGGAGAAUGGACUGUGGUUGUCAAGGACACCAAAGUCAACGAAUUUACUGGCGACUUCGUCGAUUGGAGACUCAACCUCUGGGGUGAAUCCAUCGAUGGAACCAAUCAGCCACUUCACCCACUUCCCGAGGAGAACGAUGAUGACCAUCCGUACGAGGAAGCACAUGUAGCCACAACUACUGUGGAGGUUGUGCCUACCAAAACCGCCACCCCUACCAACCCUGACGACCACCACGACCGGCCGGUUAACCAGAAGCCCGGUGACUCGUCCACGACCGGACUUCCCACUGAAGAAUUGGAAGCCACAAUCACCACCUCUCCCACCACCUCUGCUUCUCCUAGCUCGACCUCUGGUUCGGACCAUCUGUCCAGCUACCUUCCCUCUUUCGGCGCUUCGAAGCGCACUCAAAUCUGGAUCUAUGCGUCUUUGGCGAUGAUUAUUGUCUUCUUCAUCGGCUUGGGUGUCUACUUCCAGCUCCAGCGGCUGAAGCGCCGCCGCACCAACCCCAACGAUGACUAUGAGUUCGAGAUGAUCGAGGAUGAAGACGAGAUGCACCCUAUGACCGGUGCAGGUGGUCGGACUCAACGUCGUGGCGGUGAAUUAUACAACGCCUUUGCCGGGGAAAGCGACGAGGAGAUCUUCAGUGAUGACGAGGGGCCAUAUCGGGAUCGAUUGGGCAACAUCCCUGAGAAGGAUGACGAGGACGACUCCCCCAACGACCGCUUAUUGUCCGAAAAGAGGUGA